UUAAAGUGGACGCCACGUCCUGAAUCAUCUCUCUUCUUCUUCUUCCUCUGUUCAUGGCGGCAUCGAUUAUCAAGUUAGCUUCAUUCCAGAACUCUUAGGGACAUACAUCAACUUAUCAACAACAGACAAAGAAGAACUCAUUCAUAUUUAUUACCUCAGAAGCCACAAACAACACUAUCUAUCUAUCUUCUUCUUCAUUUCCUUGAUUUAUAUCAGAUUUGCACUCAACCAUGGCAUCAGAAGCUCAAGCAGGAAUUGCUCUCAUACUCAUGGGUGUCAGUGGUGCUGGCAAAUCGACAAUUGGUGAAAUGCUGGGAAAAUCAAUGGGUUGCACUUUUCUUGAUGCAGACGAUUUCCACCCAGAAUCAAACAAAGAGAAGAUGAAGAAAGGAAUUCCUCUAUCGGAGGAGGACCGCAUACCAUGGCUAGAAAUGCUUAGAGAUACUUUGAAGGAGAAGUUAAUAAUGACGGGGGAGAAGGUAAUAAUACUAGGUUGUUCUGCUCUUCAGAAACACUACAGAGAUAUUCUAAGAUCGGCUGAUCCCAAUUACAAAGCGGGGAUUUAUGAGCGUUGUAUGGUGAGGUUUGUGUUGUUGGAAGUGGGGGAAGAAGUGCUUAUUUCUCGGCUAGAGAGGAGAGCCGGGGAAGGAAAGCAUUUCAUGCCUGCUGCACUUUUGAAUUCUCAGCUGGCUUUACUAGAGAUUGAUGAUGAUGAAGGAAUAUUGAAGAUCGACGCUACACUAAACCCUCUUGUAAUUGUCGAAACCAUUAUGACAAAACACAAUCAAAUGUAAAAUGCUACCCCUAUAUGCAUAAUACAAUAAUUCUUUCAUCUCUUCUUGUAAGAAGGAAGAAGAGGACUGCUAAAUUGUUUGAAUUGAAACUGGAAUUCUAUUUCUUU